AGCUUAGUUAAAUUCCAGCUCACGUUCACCAUCCGGUCCCCGUUUUAAUCACAGUUCCCGAUCCCCUUUUGCUUCUUUUCUCUCCUCUGCGCCGGACUCUUGGGAACGCGUAUCCCGUUUUCCCUUCCCACUCAGCCGGAGCCCUCUCUGCUAAUCCUUCUCUCAGCGACACGACACGCCGCGGCGAGGCGACAUCGUUCUCGGCUGUCGGGUCGAGGUUGGGCGGCGGCAGCAGCGGGCCGUCGUCGGAGUUUCGGGUUCGUUCGAGGCACUCCAGCACUUGGAUUCGGUCUUGGCUUCUUCCCUCCCCGGCCGUUUCCGUGGGUUCUGUAGGGUAGCCGUGGCCGCCGGACGAAGCUCUACCAACCGCCAACCACCGGCGCACACCGGGCGAACCGCUGCAGGAGGUGCGUCGCAACCGGCCGUCUUCUCUCCGGUUCUCUCUCCCUUGUUAAAGGAGUUCCUGCUCUGGUUUCAUAACCUUGCCUGUUGAGUUUCCCGAGAAAAUACAUCUAGAAAGAUGAGAUCAGUAGUUCGUUCACUACGCCAGCUUCGACGUUUCACUCAACACCAUGCAGAGGGACACUCAUCAAUAAACAAGUUGAUCAGGCAACAGAAUGCUCUGAUCUUGUCUAGUUCGACAUCCCGUUCACUGGGCACAAUCCGACACCAUCAUAAUGAAGUUAGAGGAUUUGUGAGUCCAGGUGUAGACUUACUGAGGUCCAUGUUCUCCACAGCGACGGCUGAUUCAAUUAGAGAUGUUCCAGGAGGUGGUCCAAUGGUGGAAUAUGAGAAGAGAAUUGCAUCAGGAGACCUUGUAGAUGGUGAUAGCUUUCAGGUUGAUACGAUUCAACAAUUACAAAGGCUUUAUGAGGAUCUUGUAGAGAAUGAAGAAGCCUGCCAGCUUGAUAGAUAUCAGUCAUCUGAAAAAUCGGGAAGGAGUAGAUGGCUAUGGACUCGCCUCAUUACUCAGCCUUCUACCUAUGCACCGGUAAAGGGGUUGUAUCUAUAUGGAGGGGUCGGUACAGGGAAGACGAUGCUUAUGGACCUAUUCUACGAGCAACUGCCAGCUAAUUGGAGGAAAAAGCGUAUCCACUUUCAUGAUUUCAUGUUAAAUGUACAUAGUCGUCUGCAGAUGCAUAAAGGUGUUUCAGACCCCCUUGAUGUGGUAGCAGCCGAGAUUUCAGAUGAGGCCAUAAUAUUAUGUCUGGAUGAGUUUAUGGUAACAGAUGUUGCUGAUGCUAUGAUAUUAAACCGGCUGUUCAGACAUUUGUUCAGCAAAGGCGUUAUUCUAGUCUCGACUUCUAAUCGUGCUCCAGAUCAGCUAUAUGAAGGUGGCUUGCAGCGAAACCUUUUCUUACCUUUCAUUGACACCUUGAAAGAAAGGUGCAUUGCGCAUCCGAUUGGCUCUGCAGUAGACUAUCGUCAACUGGGCUCAGCUGAAGAAGGUUUUUACUUUGUUGGAAAACAAUGCAGUACAGUUCUUAAACAGAAGUUCCAAUCUUUAAUUGGAGUUGAGGAACCUACUCCUCAAACAGUCGAAGUUGUUAUGGGACGAAAAUUGCAGGUACCACUGGGAGCAAAUGGCUGUGCAUAUUUCCCAUUUGAAGAUCUUUGUGACAGACCUCUAGGCGCAGCAGAUUAUUUUGGGCUAUUCAAAAGGUUUCACACGCUGGCAAUUGACGGUGUGCCUAAGUUUGGGUAUCAUAACAGAACAGCAGCUUAUCGAUUUGUCACAUUGGUCGAUGUUAUGUAUGAGAACAAGGCAAGGCUAUUAUGCACAGCCGAGGCUGCGCCAAUAGAGAUAUUCGAGAAUAUAGUGACGGUUGCUGAAGCACAAAAAAGUUCCCCUAGAUCUUCGCGUUCACAGAGAAGUGAUGAUCCUGAUCUAUGUGUGGACAACGAGCUAGGAUUUGCCAAAGACCGUACAAUUAGCAGGUUGACAGAGCUCAAUAGUAGAGAGUACUUGGAGGACUUCGAAGAAAAAUGGCGACAGCCCUUGCAAGGUGUAGAUAAUGGUGCUGAUGUUGUACUAGCAUAAGUAGCUGGGUUAUAGGUAAGCACAUUUUAAUUUUUUAUUAUAUAUUCCCACCCGGCUUACAGAGGGAAGGGUAAAAAGGUUUACAUUCCGGACUGUGGUGCAUGUAAAUUUACAAUAAGACCACAUUUUUUGCAAGUAAAUUUGCAAGAUGUCAUGUCUGUAGAGAAAUUGUGUUCUUUCGUACUUCAAUUUUAUCUUGUGCUUCCCUAA